AUUUCCGGAAAGCUGGAACCGGAACACCUGCCAGUCUAGAUUUAGUAGAUCUAUUUAUUAUUGUAUCCUCCUUAAUAUUGAUAAUACUCCACCUAGAAUCUAAAUUUAGUUAGAAUCUAGAGGAUUUUUCGUCUAGAUCUAGAUCUAGUUUUUUGUGUCAGAUCACUGAAUAGUGAAUACGCAGUAAAUGAAGCUAUACUAGUAAAUACUACUGAAGUUGACAAAUCUAGAGCCAGAAACAAAACGAGCUCAACAUAAAGCUCAAGAAAAUGUCAGCCUCAGCCGUAUACAUUCUCGAUGUGAAGGGAAAAGUGAUGAUAAGCCGCAACUAUCGUGGUGACAUUGAUAUGUCAGUGAUUGACAAGUUCAUGACACUCAUUAUGGAAAAAGAAGAGGAUAGUAACUUGACACCAAUCAUCCAACAUGGAGAUGUUGCUUUUAUGUACAUUAAGUACAACAACCUGUAUCUAGUGGCAACUUCAAAAAAGAAUGCCAAUGUAACAUUAGUCUUUACAUUCUUACACAAACUUGUGCAGAUUUUUGUGGAGUAUUUCAAGGAACUCGAAGAAGAAAGCAUCCGAGAUAACUUUGUUAUCAUUUAUGAGCUGCUUGAUGAGGUCAUGGACUUUGGGUAUCCACAAACGACUGACAGCAAAAUCUUACAAGAAUACAUCACUCAGGAAGGACAAAAACUAGAGAUAGCCCCUCGACCACCUCCUGCUGUAACGAACGCUGUAUCAUGGAGAACAGAGGGAGUAAAAUAUCGUAAAAAUGAAGUUUUCCUCGAUGUUAUUGAAUCCGUCAACCUUCUGGUUAGUGCUAAUGGAAAUGUAUUACGUAGUGAAAUAGUGGGGUCUGUUAAAAUGCGAGUGUUUUUAUCUGGCAUGCCAGAGCUGAGGCUGGGCUUGAAUGACAAAGUCUUGUUUGAAAGCACAGGCAGAGGAAAAAGCAAGUCUGUUGAGUUGGAAGAUGUCAAAUUUCAUCAGUGUGUUCGUUUGUCAAGAUUUGAAAAUGAUCGCACAAUCUCUUUCAUUCCACCUGAUGGGGAGUUUGAGCUCAUGUCGUACAGAUUGAACACACAUGUUAAACCUCUUAUAUGGGUAGAAUCUGUGAUUGAGAGACAUGUCCACAGCAGGGUGGAAUACAUGAUUAAGGCCAAGAGCCAGUUCAAACGUAGGUCAACAGCCAAUAAUGUUGAGAUAAUUAUACCUGUUCCUAAUGAUGCCGACUCUCCCAAGUUCAAAACAACUGUUGGAAACUGUAAAUAUGUACCAGAGAUCAACUGUGUCAUCUGGACCAUUAAAUCUUUUCCGGGAGGUAAAGAGUAUUUGAUGAGAGCUCAUUUUGGCCUGCCUAGUGUUCAGAAUGAGGAGAUUGAAGGGAAACCACCCAUAAAUGUCAAAUUUGAGAUUCCUUACUUCACUGUUUCAGGCAUUCAGGUGCGUUAUCUGAAAAUUAUUGAGAAGAGUGGCUACCAAGCACUCCCUUGGGUUCGAUACAUUACACAGAAUGGUGAUUAUCAACUCAGAACAAACUAGUAGGAUAUUAGUGUUUAGGUUAAAGACAUUUAGCAUGAGAACUAAAGGGCUAUGCUCAUUGGCUCAGAGAAUCAUGCUCACCAUGUGAUUAAAUUCAACCCUUAAUUUUGUAUGAAAGUUGAGCUGUAUUGUUUUUUUUUUGGAAUGUAAAUUCUAUUUAUGUUAUUUUUAUAUAUAUUAUCAUGAAGUCAUAUUUGCUUCAAUAAAUAGAUUAUAUGAAAUAUUAGGACCCAGAAAUUUGAAUGUCAGUAAACAAGGGCUUUAAUAGGGUUUGUUUAAGUUAUUGUAUUACUAGUAUUAGUAAUUAUGUUUUAUAUGCUGUGGGUGAACAAUGAAAAGGAUUUUUUAAGCAUGUUUAAAAAAUGUAAUUACUAUUUAAAUUAUUGUUUCAACUAAUUUUUAUUUUCUUCACCGUUGCUUAAGACUGAGGUCUAUGUAUAAAUGAACAGUGCUAUUAUUGUACAAGUCUUGUUGAACAUAAUUGGUAAAUAGUUUGUGCUUAAUAGUGUUGUGAAAUAUACUGUGGUGGUAUUUCUUCUUUUUCAUAAAUGAGUCUUAAUCAGUGAGAAACAAAAACAUGAUUUUGGUUAAAAAAUACUUGUAUGUUACUGUAUAUUUGUGUUAAUAAGAGGUUUAUUAAUUAAAUUCAAAGUACCAUGUGUAAAUGGAGAAUAUUGCCAUCUCUAAAACAACUGGAUAUUAAUUAGUUUUUAUGUAAUUAAUAAAAAGAUUAAUAUAAUUCUAGACAUUUAAACUAUAAUGGAAUUAAGUGUUAAUUUACUGUUCAAUCAAAAUGUCCUAUUUAGUGGCCAGUAAAGAAUACGGCAUAAGUAGCCAGUUAAAUUAAAA